AUGCCGCUCAUCAAGGUCCCUACCAUCGAGCCUUUCGAUGGUACUUCGGAUCCAGAAGAGCACAUGGCCGCCUAUGCGGCUCAAAUGGACGUUCAGACUGGGUGUGGAGCUACUUGGUGCAGGUACUUCCCCACCACCUUGAAGGGUCUUGCGCUUAUCUGUUUCAACAAGCACGUGCCGAAGGGGAGUAUCAAGAGCUAUAGUAAGCUUGAAAAGGUGUUCAUCAGUCCAUUCGGUGCAGGUCGAAGACAUCAAAAGACAAGUGUUAACUUGAUGGCGGUCAGACAGGGAGAGACGGAAACCAUUCGCAACUAUAUCAAGAGGUUCAACGAAGAAGUCCUAAAGAUACACAAUCUCAAGGACGAAACCAAGUUUGCAGCCCUCUUGACAGGGCUUCAGCCAGAUGACUUCAAAUUCGAGUUGAUCAAGUCCGGGGUGUCCAACCUCGAGGAAGCAAUGGAGAAGGCCCAAAGGAACAUUCAAGCCACAGAUAUUUGUGAAAUCAAUUGGGGUGGUGAGAGUGGAACAAGGCAAAAACAAAAGCCCAAUUGGGGAGAGACCCCAAAAUCUGACAAGAAGAAGAAAAACAGCAGCCACGACCAAACUCAACCCUCCCUCAAAAAGUCAGUUAUGGUUGAUGACCAUGGUGAGGAUCCGAGGUAUAACUGCAAUAGGCGGGAGAUUUACCUUGAUCUCAAAGGAAAAGACAUCCUCCCUAAGCCACCUGCAAUCAUUUGUAGGGAGCUGAAAAAGGCACUGGAUCACUUGGCUGACAAGGGCAAGCUGAAUAAUUACUUAAGGAAGAAUCCUCCCCCAAAAGCAAAAUCCAAAGAAAAGGAGUCCCCUAGUGAUGAUACGAGAGACUACAUUGGAGUGAUAGCCGGAGGCUUGGCAACAGGCGGGUCUGUGAGCAAGGCGAAGGAUAGCUUAUGGGCACUUAAACAUCAAGUCCUAAAAGUGGCAUCGGCUUCUCAAACAGCCCCGGUGAUGACAUUUGGUGGGAACACUAGCCACCCAAUUCAAGAGUCCCAUGACGAUCCCCUGGUCAUCGAGAUGAGAGUCGCUAACUCAAUGGUAGGGCGAGUGUUAGUGGAUAGUGGAUCAUCCGCCGACAUCAUUACUCUAAAGUGUCUAGAAGGGCUCAAGUAUUCCAAAGAUGAUCUAAAAACCAUCUCCCAACCACUCAUUGUUUUCGGAGGUCAAGCCGUCCAUCCCCAAGGCACUAUCAAGCUACCCGUCAUGUUGGGUCCCAAGAACAAAGGAAGGCGAUUGCUAGUACAAUUUCUUGUCGUUGAUAUCUCCUUACCAUACAACGUCAUCUUAGGCCGGUCCCUACUAAACAAAAUAAAAGCCGCAAUCUCUGUGUACCAACUUCUCAUGCAGUUUGAGUUGGAAGAUGCCACCGCGGGAAAAAUCUUUGGGGAUCAACAAGUGGGCAGGCGUUGCUAUGUUAACAGCCUCAAGAGAGGGACAAGUACCCCCCAGCCACUGGCUAAGAAAGCCAAGCCGGAAGAGACUCGAAAGUCCUAA